GAAAGAUUCAAUUUUGGUAAGAAAUGCCAGUGGCGAGACCGGAGACAUCGGAUGCAAGAGUUAUCGCUCAUGUCGACAUGGAUUGCUUCUACGUUCAAGUUGAGCAACGGAAGCAACCGGAGUUGAGAGGACUUCCUACUGCAGUUGUGCAGUACAAUGAAUGGCAAGGUGGUGCUUUGAUUGCUGUUAGCUACGAAGCACGUAGCUGUGGCGUCAAACGGUCUAUGAGAGGUGAGGAGGCUACGGCUGCUUGUCCUGAGAUUCAGUUGGUUCAAGUUCCUGUGGCUCGUGGUAAAGCUGACUUGAAUACAUAUCGCAGUGCCGGUUCAGAGGUGGUUUCGAUUCUAGCACGAAGUGGUAGAUGUGAGAGGGCUUCGAUUGAUGAAGUGUAUCUUGACCUUACUGAUGCAGCGGAAAGCAUGCUCGCUGAUGCACCUCCAGAGAGUUUGGAAUCUAUAGAUGAAGAAGCUCUUAAAUCCCAUAUUCUUGGAAUGAGCAGAGAGGAUGGAGAUGAUUUUAAGAAGAGUGUCCGUGAUUGGAUAUGUCGAAAAGGUGCUGAUCGACGUGAUAAGUUAUUGGGUUGUGGAAUCAUCAUUGUUGCAGAACUCAGGAAACAAGUGUUGAAGGAGACUGAGUUUAGCUGUUCUGCUGGCAUAGCCCAUAACAAGAUGCUAGCCAAACUUGCCAGUGGAAUGAACAAACCUGCCCAGCAAACUGUUGUACCAUAUUCAGCUGUCCAGGAACUUCUCAGUUCUUUGCCAAUAAAGAAAAUGAAACAACUGGGAGGAAAGCUGGGCACUAGCUUGCAAACUGACUUUGGAAUUGACACUGUGGGGGACUUGUUGCAGUUUUCUGAAACAAAACUGCAAGAACAUUACGGAGUAAAUACUGGUACAUGGUUAUGGAAUAUUGCAAGAGGGAUUAGUGGGGAAGAAGUGCAAGGCCGUCUUCUCCCUAAAAGCCAUGGUUCUGGAAAGACAUUUCCCGGACCUCGUGCUUUGAGGUCACUCUCAAAUGUUCAGCAUUGGCUGAAUCAGCUUUGUGAAGAACUAUACGAGCGUCUCAGUUCUGACUUGGAGCAGAAUAAGCGGAUUGCAAGCACCCUAACCCUUCAUGCUAGCGCUUUCGGGUCAAAGGAUUCAGAUUCACAUAAGAAGUUUCCUUCAAAAUCAUGUCCUUUGAGAUAUGGGGUAACCAAGAUCCAGGAAGAUGCCUUCAACUUGUUUCAAGCAGCGUUGCGUGAAUACAUGGGACCAUUCGGGACUAAGCCUCAAGGCAAUAAGAAAGAAACAUGGAGAAUAACAGGUCUCUCUGUUUCAGCAAGCAAGAUUGUGGAUAUACCAUCUGGCACGAGUUCGAUAAUGAGAUAUUUUCAAAGUCAAUCUACUAUUCCUUCUUGUUCAACAAGUGGUUGUCUUCAAGAAGAUGUAGCGGUAACUCCCUCAGCUAGUGAAAGUUGUUCAGAGCAGAAAUCAGUAGAAACCCAAGCAGCAAUGCCUGAAGAAGACAUCAGCAUAACUGAUACUUUGCCUGAUUUAGACAAUUCAUAUGGAAACAUGGACAUGGUCCCUGAAAAGGAUGUCUCUUGUCAAUCAAAUGACGCAAAGGAGUUUCUAACCCAAUCAGGAUCGAACAGAGGCACACAAACGAAGACAAAUGGGCAGAGGAUAAACAACUCAAAAGAAAAGAAUAAGGGAAUGCCUUCAAUUGUCGAUAUCUUUAAGAAUUACAAUGCAACUCCUCAGUCACAGCAAGAGACCCGAGAAGAUUCAACAGUAUCAUUAACAAGUAAAAGAGCCAACUUGAGUAGCUCCACCAGCCAUAGUAGUGAAGUGAAUCAAGAGGGAGAAGAUAGAAGAGAAACAGAAUGGGGUUACAAGGUUGGUGAAAUCGAUCAGGCUGUUUUCGAUGAGUUACCUUAUGAGAUUCAACGAGAAUUCAGGAGUUUCUUGCGCCAUAAUAAACGGCCUAACGCUGGGAAAAGCAAAGGUGAUGGUUCUGCUUCUUCAAGCAUUGCUCAUUAUUUUCCACCACUGAAGAAAUAAGAUUCAGGCUCAUGUGUAUAUGUGGUCGACUGUGUAUAGUGUUUGUAGUCCUUUAUCUUGUUUUAGAUAUGAUCUUGUAUUUACAAUUUACGAGAGUUAUAUGUUACUAUUUUUCAAAAUACUAGAAAAUGGUUAUGA